AUGCGUUCGUUAUUUAGCCGUUAUGCGGCCCCUUUCCUCCUUCUCCUUUCUCUCCUUUCUCUGGCUGUGGCCGUGCCUUGUAAAGACAGUGCUCGACCUACAUAUGAAGUGUACCACUCCGUCAAUGGAGCCGAGCACACUGCCAGAGCCUCCCUACUCAAACAGCAAGGCUACCGUAUCAUCUCUCUCAGCGCUUUGCCGCCGUUUGGGUUCGACGAGAUGGACCGGCCUUCGAGAUGGCGCAAGGCCUCGACGCAAAAUCCUUCGAAAAUUGGUGGACGGCAGGCCAAGGGCUACGUCGCGACCCACGUCUCCGCGACUGGCCCGGCUGAACGUGCCAUGUUCGCCGGUGUCAUGGAGCAGGUCUCGGGCGCGCCAUUCUGGGCACUGACUUGCGAUCUAACAAACCCGUAUGCCUUCCAGAACGCAACCGUCGGGCAUAACAUGAUUGUAAAGAGCUUCCGGAUGUAUGGCACUCCCCAAAACCGCCGUUACUGUGUGCUCGGCCACGAGAAUGUUGGCAACGUCUUCAAUACCGUGUAUUACACCACGCCGUCGUGGGGCAUCGACUUUAAGGAGGUGUUCCAAGCCGAGUUGACGAAGCGUUUCUGGCGCCCCUCUCACCUGUUCGUGUCGGGGGACCAUGUGAUCACACUCAUCUUUACGGACACCAAUAUCGGCUCUUGGGCUUCGUUCGCCUCUCUGUCCGCUUCCGCUUUGGAUGCCGAGAUCUCGGCGCAGAAGACGAAUGGCCUUCACCCCAUCCACGUGCAGGGGGCAGGUUCCGGCGCCGACACGCGCUUUACGGCCAUCUUCGCCGAGACGGAUCUGUCUGAGCAGCACACAUGGACUGCUAAGGGGCCUGUUGAUGGGUUUACUAACAACGAGAAAGCCAAGAGUAAUAUGGACUCCCUCUUCCGUCAAUGGAUGCAGAGGAAUGGCGUUCGUCAAGCCCAGUUCGCCGUUUCAAAGAAUGGCACCAUUGUCACGGAGCGUUCCUUUACCUUUGCCGAACCUAGUCGUGCCCAAGUCGAGCCAGACGACAAGUUCCUCCUGGGCAGCGUUUCAAAGAUGUUUGUCAAUGCCGCCAUUGUCAACUUGAUACAGGCUGGGCGCCUCAACUACUCAACCCCGGCAUACCCUCUACUUGGCUUUCAUCAGUACGCGGAUGCACGCACCGCCAACAUCACAGUUCAGCAUCUUCUAGAGCACAGGGCCGGAUAUGACCGAGAUAAGUCCGGCGAUCCGGCUUUCCAGUUCCGCAUAGUCACCUUGGACUUGUUGCAAGGCAGUUGGGCCGCAACGAUAAAAGACGUUAUUGAUUGGGUUAUUGGGAGACCGCUCGACUUUGCGCCUGAUGCAUCUUACGCAUAUUCCAAUUAUAGAACAAUGGUUCUUAGCUACAUUGUUGAAAAGGUUUCCGGGAUGGAAUACCUGGGGUUUCUCCAGAAGAAUCUUCUGAACGGUUUGGAUGUCGAGUUGUACAAGGAUGGCACAGCAGCCCACGCGAGCGAUCGUAUCUCACAGGAAACCAGGGUCAUUGGAUAUGACGCGCUCCAUCCGCUGUCAACUCAACGAAUUUCAGGUGUUUAUGGGGGAGGAGGCGACAUCAAGAAGCAGACCAUGGGUGCGUUUUCUUUAGCUGGAAGCGCAAGCUCCAUUGCCAUUUCCGCCUAUGGGUAUGGCGAUCGGCAGAUGUCACGGCGUGACGGGAGCGUCAACGGUGCUCGUGCUUGGGUGCAAAGUGAUAAAGAGUUGGACUGGGCUGUCACUCUUAAUACCAGGGACUUUUUGUCAGACUGA